AUGCUUUGGCGUGGGCAUGCUACGCAAACGCCGCAUGUGGUGGUCUCGGACGCGUCAGCCAAGGCAGUCAAGGAGCUUGUGGGUCAAGCUAUUGACGAGGGCGGAGAGAAUGGCCAAGCACCUGUUGCGCUGAGAAUGGGUGUUGCUGGAGGCCAGGGCUGCCAUGGCUUUGCAUACACCUUUGAGCUUACCCAUGAUAUUAAUGAUGAUGAUGAGGUGUUUGAGAAGGACGGCGCAAAGGUCGUCGUUGAUGCUGUCUCUCUCUCCUGCCUCGGCAAGGGCUCCGUCCUCGAGCACAUCAACACCAUCCGCAAGAAGGGUUUCGAAGUCCUCAACAACAACCUCGCUGACUCGGAGUGUGGCUGCAAGGUCAGCUUUGCCCUCAAGGACGAAGCGCUGUUGUAG